AUGGCAGCUCCACCUCGUCCAUUCAUCACAUGCCACGUCCUCGAGACCGUCUCAGGUCGUCCAGCACCCGACAUGCGCGUCACUCUCUCCCUCCUCUCGCCCAAACGCUCCAACCUCUCUUCUCCCACCACCUUCACCGCAACCACAAACUCCGAUGGCCGCGUAACAGCCUGGCAAUCCGUUCAAGAAGGCGGCACCGUCACCACCUCCGAGCUCGACCACCUAGUCAACACUCUAAAAUCCGAUCUCAAGAGCGACGAGCAAAUGAAUUGGAGUUUGGUCUUUGCGACCGAGGAGUUCUACGGCAAGGGAAAGACGUUCUGGCCGGAGGUGGAGCUUAAGUUCUGUACGAGCAAGGAUGAGAAACACUAUCAUGUUCCGCUGCUUUUGGGUCCUUGGAGUUACACUACCUACCGUGGCUCAUAA